AAUGAUUUUAGAAUUCACGGCUUGCAACCAGUGCAGUGUUCGUUUCUUCACAGAGAUAUUCUUCUCGGUUCACAUCGGUCGGGGACAGUUCCAUCGGUUUUAAAUAUGGCAGAAUAUGGCGGGUUUCUAAGCCGUCACGUUGCUGAGACAGCCUUGUUCAUGUACACAUUUGGCAUCGUGAUGCAAUGGCCCGUCACACAGAACCUGAUUCUUGACAAAUCCUGCCAAGGUAGGUACGGCCGGGACGUAUGCGAUUCCCUCUCCGAUCAUCCGGAGAUGGAGGAGGAGGUCCAGGCUUCCGCAGCCUUCUGGGUGAUGACCAUGCCUAGCAUGACGGGGAUCAUCAUGGCUUUCAGCUCGCUACUUCUAGGCUCGGUGAGUGAUCGAUUCGGUAGAGCAACAGUCCUUAUAUUGACCUGCAUCGGUGGUAUUGCCAUGUCGCUAUGCCUCAUCCUACAGACAACCUUAACUUACUUAUCACCCACGCUUCUCCUUGUCGGCUGUGUGGCUAUGGGUCUGAGUGGCGGAAUUGGGACCUUCCUGGUCACCCUUUUCAAUUACAUCACCGACAACACCCCAGAGACAGAACGUACCAGCCGGCUCAGCGCCGUGCAGCCGUUUGCCGGUCUGGGGACCAUCUCCGGUAUGCUGUUAUCAGGCGUGGUUUCGAAACAUCUUGGUUUCGGAGCGGUGUAUGCCAUCUUCCUCUGCACCCAGGCUACAGUGUUGAUCAUGGUAGCUGCUUGCAUGCAAGAUUCAAGUGAUAUCAAGCUCGAGGAUUCCAGAGUGUCUUCCAGGCCUAGUUUGAUUGCUGGGAUGAUUGAGAGCCUGACGGCAGGCGCUAGGAUAUGUGUAAAGCCCAGAUCCGCCAACACGAGGAAACACAUUCUGUUCCUCGUUCUUACUGGGGUAAUCUCCAUGGUUGGAGUAGGAGCCGACAUGGGUUUGACGGUGCUGUACACCAGGCGAGCCCCUUUCCACUGGGAGCCUACCAUGUUUGGCUACUUCACCGCCUCCAAAAACGUUGGCCAAAUCCUGGGUAUGGCUCUGGGUACUAGGCUCCUCCUGAAGCUGCUUGGUAGUGGGAGCUCUUGGCGAGAUGAUCUGACUCUGAUGCAGAUUGCUAGCCUUGGCGUCACCGUGGGAUCGCUGGUCAUGUCAGCUGCCACUACAUCCUCGCAACUGUUUCUCGUUCCUAUGGUCUGCAUAUUGUCGGGACCCGGACAAGCUGCCAGUGGAUCGUUCUCCUCCAAGCUUGUCCAUCCAACAGAAAAAGGAGCCUUUUCGUCAUUUUCGUCGUUUUUGAAUAACCUGGCCAUGCCCGGUGGUACACUUGUCUUCACAACGCUGUAUUCGUGGACGUCGGCAUACGCGCCUGGGUUUGCCUUCUUCGUUCAAGCCGUCAUGUACACAAUACCCCUGGUUCUUAUGGGCGUGAUGAAGAACGAGCUGUCAAAAACUGCAAAAGAUGACGCCUAGGUCUACAAUGUGGACAUUUCAUCCUGAGCUAACAACAAACAUGUCUUAUUUAAUGAUCUUAUCAAUUGACAAGCCUCACAUUUUUUGCACUUGACAUGUAGAUAUUUGAUGAUAUUUAAAACUCAAAUUUCACUUUAAACAACAACUAUUUUACACUUCUCGAUGGUUAUCUAUUAAUCUUCUGAAGAAUUUUCAGUGGAUUUUCUUUAAUGUAACUGACACUGCACAUGAUGAGUUCAAGGUAUCAAAGCUAUCCUAAUUUCAUAAGUAUGGCUGUUGAAAAUAAUUUUGGUACAUGUAUGUCAAUCUUACACAUCCACAAAAGCGUCAAACCAGUAUACAAUAUAUGUCUUACCAGUACAUUUGUGUAAUUUAACAACGGACUUUUGUCACACUUUGAAAUUUUCUAUUCACUUUUGAAAAAGGGAGUGUUUCACCACGAUAUCACUUCUCUGGAAAAUCACAUCUGAAGUGUUGUACAAUCUGUUUUCAAAGUUGGCACAAGUACAAUGAAUUUAAGAAAGUUGAUCCUAAAAGUAAUAUACAACAUUUGCAAACAUAAAAAAUCAUGGCACCCUGGUGUGCUGUCAUUUUCAAGAAAAGUAGAAUUUUUGUAUCAAUUUCCAACAAUGGUCUGCUGACUUUUCUCAA